AUGUUUUCCGAAUUCUAGUAACGCCACAUUAAGCUCCUGUUGUUACAUAAUGACCGUAUCUUGAUCAAACAUCCGAUAGCCGAGUAUUCGAUUUUAAUUUUACGCAGAUCAUUUAGUAAUUUUGCAACUGCAGAUUGCCACCCAACACACAUAUUUCGAAAUGGCAAAGAUGUAUACUUUGUGUUUAGCAUUCGUGAUAGUGGCUUGCGUAAAAACUCAAGAAGUGGUUGAUCCUGCAAGCUCUGCCGAUGAAGACGACACCGUUAUCUUAACGGAAGAAGACAAUUUAACUAAUGAAAUAGUCACAGACCCCUUAGCUGUAAGUGAUGCGACAGAUCCUGCAAUUAUAGCGGAAACUACUCCAAGUACGGAUGAUGGUGAAAUAGGCGAAACGACUACAAGUCAAGAAAGUCAGCCGGAUGCUCCUGCGGAGGAUGACGAAACGACAAGUCCACAAAAUGUGCCAGACGUUGCUGGAGAGGAUGGUGAAAUUGAUGACGCGGCCAAUGAAGGAACUCUUCCAGAUCCUCCUGCUGCAGAUGACGAAGUAGCCUUAGCGGCAAACCCAGAAGCAUUGCCAGAUGUUCCUGGCGAGGAUGAAAACAUCGGUGACACAGAAAAUCCAGGAGCUGAGGAAGACGAAAUAAACGAGACAAGUCCGGAAAAUCUUCCGGAUCCUCCUGCUGAAGACACUGCCCCGCUGCCGACUGAGGAAGUCACAUCUGAAAAUCCUCCAACUACGCCUGCAGAUACUGCAGCUGCAACCUCGCCACCAUCUGACGCAAACUCUCCACAAACCCCAUCGGAACAAACAACUCCAGUUAUUCUUACGGAAAAUACCAUUCCAGACCGCCCAUUUCCCUCUAUCACCAUUUCUUUACCAACGUUCUGGCCUAGCACUGUCAUCAGCACUAACGGUUUGGAUACAACUCGUCCGGCAGACACACAUAUUUGCAAGGAAAACGAAAUUUACUCUUGUCUCCCAUUCUGCAUGAAAACUUGCAAUAAUCCAAUGUCGAAGUUUCUUUGCAGACCUGUGCCCAAUCACUUCCGCUUGUGCCGUCGAGGCUGCAUCUGCAAAGCGGGAUAUCUGUUGGAGCAUCCAAAUGGGCGAUGUGUUAACGAAUGUCCAACAAGGCAACUUUUUUAAGUGCACCAAUUAAUCAAAUUAUAACUAUUGGAGUAGAA